AUGCAGGCAGACUCUCCGUCGUUUCUAAGACAUUCAGUUCUGCCGCCGAUUCAGACGAAGUCUGGACUCGUUUUCUCCUCCUUUCCAGCUCGGAAUUCCUGGCCUCUAUCAUCUCACAGUCCUUUCCUUACCAAAAAGGCUCUCUAUCUUGCCCUAUCUCAUGCCCAUCACCCUAUCAUCAUCGACCAUGGUACAAAGGGCUUUUAUUUAGAUAGAAAGAGUGGAAAAAAGUGUUACAUUCUUGCUGCUAAAUCUCUCAUCAUUCCUUAUGGUGCUCUUGUUGCUCCUAAUACUAAUAUGCCUCCUUCUAGGUUCCCUGAAGUUGUUGAGAUUCGUAAUGCGUUUUCGCUUGAAAUUCGUGGAAGAAUAAACACUCUUUACUUGUCCCGAAAUACUCAGUAUGUAGCUUAUCUUGUGUUCCAGAUGAUUGAUGCUCAACGAUUUAAGAACUGUCUUAUGAGGUUAUCAGUUGGUGUUUACUUAGGCUAUUUUUGGAACCAUGUGUGA